GUCUGUAGGCUGGUCCGGGCAGGUCGAUCCUUUCAGCUCAGAGAACUGCAGAGAAGAUGGCGGCGCUACGAGUCGUGGUGCUAUCGGGGAGCGGUAGGGCUCUCCUUAGCACAUCGAAAACUAUCAGGACCCAGACGGCCAACAUGUCGAUGGCCAGUUUGUCGAGGAGUAAGAAGGUCGCCCUGUCCACUCUUGGUGUGAUCACAGCCGGUGGGGCCGGGCUCGCCCUGAUGCUGCACCACUCCGUUAAAGCCUCGGACCUGGAGCUCCACCCCCCUCAGUACCCCUGGAGCCACGCUGGACCUCUGUCAUCGCUGGACCAUGCCAGCAUUCGUCGUGGGUACCAGGUGUAUAAGCAGGUGUGUUCAGCCUGCCACAGUAUGGAGUACCUGGCCUUCAGAAACCUGGUUGGAGUGUCGCAUACAGAGGCGGAGGUCAAAGCUCUCGCUGAGGAGGUUGAGGUGGUGGAUGGUCCUGAUGAGACUGGAGAGAUGUUCACCAGGCCAGGAAAGCUCUCAGACUAUUUCCCAAAGCCCUACCCGAACCCUGAGGCCGCCAGGGUCGCCAACAACGGAGCUCUGCCUCCUGACCUCAGCUACAUCGUCAAUGCCAGACAUGGAGGAGAAGACUACGUGUUCAGCCUGCUGACAGGUUACUGCGAGCCUCCAGCAGGAGUGUCCGUGAGAGAGGGACUGUAUUAUAACCCAUAUUUCCCCGGACAGGCCAUCGGCAUGGCUCCGCCCAUCUACAACGAAGUGCUGGAGUACGAGGACGGAACCCCUGCCACCAUGAGCCAGGUUGCUAAAGAUGUGUGUACUUUCUUGAGAUGGGCUGCAGAGCCGGAGCACGACCAACGUAAACGCAUGGGACUGAAGCUGCUGUUGGGCUCGGCCAUCCUCAUCCCUCUCAUCUACUACAUGAAGAGACACAGGUGGUCCGUGUUAAAGAGCAGGAAGAUCGCCUACAAGCCUCCCAAAUAAACGGAAAGAAACACACCCCUACCGGGGCUUACAUGCUAUCAGGCUGCGUUCAACGACCCUGCAACACUCACCUCAUUAAGAACAGACACACAAACAUGCCUUUCUACGAGGAGAUAGAGUUCUAGAGUAUUGAUGUUUAUUCCUACAGAGAAAUGCCUUUAUUUUAGUUAACGGCGUGAUGAUGGAGAUAAUCGUUUGGCCGGUUUGUCAGAGAGUUGUGGCGUCCUUGAACGCACCCUUCACAAAGUUUGUUUAUCAAGUCGUCGCUGUCAGCAGUCUGCAUCUUGACAUCUGGUAUCAGAAACUUUGUCUCAAUGAACAGAGAAGUUGAUUGGUUAUCCAUCCUUGUAAAAUAUCCAAUAAUGUUGGGAGCAUUAGGAAAGGUUGACCUCUGCGUUUAUGUAAAUCCUCUUUGUCCUCCACGAAGCCGCUCCAUGGAUCCAUGGCAGCCUCUGAACGUCUGUUUUACUGUACAAAAUAAAUUAUCUUAAAGGAAA